UCGAGUAUGAACUAUCAAUACAUAUAUUGUCAAUAUUGAAUAGUUUUCUCAUGUUAAUGUGUGUUGUGUGUUAGUUAAAAUGCCUCUUCCUCCCGCUCUUGCAGCACGUUUAGCAAAACGUGGAAUAGUAAGUGAAUCAGUUCUUAAAGAAGGUGUUGAGAAAAAGAGUAAAUUAGAUACUGAAGAGGAAGUCAUAGCAGAAAACUAUGAUAGCAACUUCAAAGGUAAUGUUGUGAUAUCAAAUUAUAGUCAAGAAAAUGAAGAAGUUACAUCUAUUCAAGCAGACAAACAUUUCAAGGGCCAUUCAGGUUGUCCUAAUAAAUGGAAUGUAUAUCAUGAGUGCACAUCAUUUUGUAUUAGACAUUGGGGAAAAGGAAAGGUUAUACCCGAUCUAAUUUACAUGAGAAAAUUUAAUAGGUUAAUGGCCAAGUAUCCAUUACCUUCUAACUGGAAAGAAGUUUAUGAUCCAGGAGCAGGACGUCAUUACUUUUGGGAAAUGUCUAGUGAUAUGGUUUCCUGGUUUCCUCCUGGUCAUCCCAAAGCAUCAGUAAGUGAGGCUGCAGCUACAGUUCGAGAGGAUAGGCAUUUAGUUGCUACUGAUGCUGAUGGCUCAGAUCGUGAUUCUGAUAGUUCUAAUGAAGAAGAAGAGGAAAUAUUACCCAGAGGGAAGGAGGAAAAGAAAGUCGAACGUGAUAGGAAACACAAUGGAAGAGUCAAGACUAAAUCUAAUGAUCUCGAUCCAAUGGAUCCUGCAGCUUAUUCUGAAGCCCCUAGAGGAAAGUGGUCGGAUGGGUUGGAUCGUGGAAUUGAAGCCAAAACCGGGGUAGAUGUUACUGCUUCUGGGCCAUUGUAUCAAAUGAGACCUUAUCCCAGCCCAGGUGCUGUAUUGAGAGCUAAUGCUACUCGUGGAAAUCCGUAACUAUUUAAUUUGACUAUGUCACUGUAUACAUCAUUAUUUUAAUGAUUUUAUAUGAAGAUAAUCUUUUAAAAAUUAUAAAUAAAGUUUUCUCA